UGCUAUUUACCCCAGCUUUGGGUUACUAAUUACCUGGCUUGUGUGGGAUGGCAUAUGCAAGUAAACCUUCCCACUGCUGUUACUUGAGCGAUAUCAUACCUUAGUGUUACUUUCCUUAUCAAGCAUGCUAAACAAAAGGAAGUGGUUUCCCAGACAGGAACUCUUAUCUUUGGAAAAGAUAAAUCAAGAUAAGGCUGUUAAGCUAUAUUUCCUCUUCUGAUUCUGUGCUCUGUUCUACCUUUAAGCUCACAGCAUCAUCUGCUUCCCAGGAAGACCUUUUUUGCUUUAUUUUAGUAUUAGCAUCCACACUGGAACAAUGGCAGUUGAGAAAGAACAUAAUGGUGUGCACAACUAUGCUUUUACCCGAGAUGAACAGCAAAGCACUAUCAGCAGCAUUAUAUCAAUGGACGACAUAUGCUGUACAGAUGAAAAGGAAAAACAUUCCAAACAAAAUGAUAAAAGUAACAAACUGGCAUAUAGUGUAACAGAUAUCCCACCAUGGCACCUGUGCAUUUUCCUUGGCAUUCAGCAUUACCUGACUGCACUUGGAGGUCUGGUUGCCAUUCCAUUGAUCCUAUUUAAGGAACUCUGUCUGCAGCACGACUCAAUGACUCAAAGCCUUCUUAUAAGUAACUUCUUCUUUGUGGCAGGACUCUGCACACUGCUUCAGGUCCUUUUUGGUGUCAGGUUGCCUAUUCUUCAAGGAGCGACAUUUGCUUUCCUGACCCCUGCUAUUGCAAUGCUUUCCCUUCCAGCAUGGCAAUGCCCUGAUUGGACUCAGAAUGCCAGCCUCGUGAAUACUACCUCCCCUGAGUUCAUUGAAGUAUGGCAGAGUAGGUUACGAGAGCUUCAAGGGGCCAUAAUGGUGGCUUCCUGUUUUCAGAUUGUCGUGGGAUUUUCUGGCCUAAUUGGCUUUAUUAUGCGCUUCAUUGGCCCUCUAACAAUUGCUCCAACCAUUUCCCUAAUUGGACUUUCUCUAUUUGAUUCGGCUGGAAAUGAUGCAGGAUCUCAUUGGGGGAUAUCAGCCAUGACAACCUUCUUCAUUAUUCUAUUUUCUCAGUAUCUGAGAAAUAUACCUGUACCUUUUCCUGCUUUUAACAAGACUCAAAAGUGUCAUGUGUCCAAACCGAAAAUUUUCCAAAUGUUUCCUGUUCUUCUUGGAAUGGCAACGUCUUGGCUUUUUUGCUACAUUCUGACUGUAACCAAUGCAUUUCCAUCUGAUCCCAAUUCCUACGGAUAUUUGGCAAGAACAGAUUCUAAAGGAGACUUCAUAGGCCAGGUUCCUUGGUUCCGAUUCCCCUACCCAGGGCAGUGGGGUCUUCCAACUGUCAGCCUGGCUGGUGUCUUUGGAAUUCUAGCUGGUGUUCUAUCCUCCAUGGUGGAAUCUAUGGGCGACUAUCAUGCAUGUGCUCGUUUAUGUGGUGCACCUCCCCCUCCAAGGCAUGCAAUUAACCGUGGAAUUGGUAUGGAGGGUAUUGGCUGCCUUAUUGCUGGAGCUUGGGGUACUGGCAAUGGGACAACAUCUUACAGUGAAAAUGUUGGAGCGCUGGGGAUUACAAAGGUAGGAAGCAGAAUGGUUAUCAUUGCUAGUGGAGUCUUGUUGAUAUUGAUGGGCAUGUUCAGCAAAAUUGGCGCCAUUUUCACCACCAUUCCAUCGCCUGUGGUUGGAGGAAUGCUGCUUGUGAUGUUUGGAGUUAUUGCCUCUGUUGGGAUUUCCAACUUGCAGUUUACAGAUAUGAAUUCCUCAAGAAACAUAUUUAUUUUUGGAUUUUCUAUGUUCAUUGGCCUUACUGUUCCGAACUGGGUAAAUAAAAACUCUGAACUCACUGAAACAGGAGUAGUACAACUUGACCAGGUGAUCCGUGUUCUCCUAACAACAAAUAUGUUCAUUGGAGGAUUAUUUGGAUUUAUGCUAGAUAAUACCAUACCAGGAUCCAAGAAAGAGCGGGGGAUUACUGCAUGGAAAGAAGCUCAUGAUAAUGACAUGGAUAAAGACGAAGAAGAUAUUUCAGAUGUUUACAACCUUCCUUUCAGUAUUAAUACAAAAUGCUGCACAUUUUCUUGGACAAAAUACCUACCAUUUUGCCCCAAACCACCUCCUAACCAUAACCAAAAUGGUGAAAUCAUUUCAGAACUAAAGAAACCAGAUGCCAAAGGCAUGAGUAUAGCUAAAGCAAAGAACAAUCUUGAAACAAAACUCUAACAUAUUACUGAUUGUUCAACAUGCAAACAAUGAAUAAAUAUGAAUUAAGAAAUACAUAUCUGCGGACAUACAUGCCAGGUGCUGCUGGUAAAAAAAUUAGCUAUAUUUCUAAACAACCAGAAAAUAAAUUUAUUUUAGAGAACUUGUUUUGUAGAGCUACUACAUUUGGUUGCUUUUCUAAGAAAUAAGGCAGUCGGUAUUAUAAUCUACAUUCUGGCAAAUAUUAGCUCAGCAUCUGGUCUACAGCAGUGGCAACAUCGCUAAGGACUGAGUAAAAGAACUGGAUCUAUUUCUACAACUCAUUGUGAAAUACAUCUUGACAUCAACAAGAUAUGUAUGCAAGCAUAUUAGGAUUACCUUUAUUUACUGCAGCCUUUAAUAGUCAGAGAAAAUGGCUAAUUUUCCUGCCAAAGUCGUGAUACAGUUAGUGGUCUGCCUUACUAAAUAACCAGUAAGGCUGUGUAUAUGUUUCUGAAUGCAAAGAAAUCCAUCAUCAUUCCCUUCAGUAAAAACAAUGACUCUUCACACUAUCAAAUUAAC